AUGUCACCAAAAUCAAGAAGGACCCAAAAAAGAGGCCUAGCAGAAGAAGCAAGGCCUCGCCCGCGCUUACAUGCACACCAUCGUAUUCGAUCUGAUCCUGUACAAGUCGAGCCACCUUUAACCAUCGACCAACAUCUGUCCAAUUAUCACCAAUCAUUAGGAACAUUUUACCAAUCUCACCGUCAAACGCCUUCUACAACAACAACUACCACCAUUUCCACUACGCAUUCAAGCUCCAACAGCAAUACGAAUCCCUUCUUCUAUCAAUACCGUCCUCUCAUCUACACUGCGCCGAAAAGGUCUAAAUUUCCUUUUACACUGCUUCAUCCCGAACAAUCUCAGCAACGACAACAGCAACCAAAGGAAACAAUGAUGUCCAACGUUUCACAAAAUCAAAAUAAUGACGGUAGCGGUAGUAGCGAUAAUAGCAGUGGACGUAAACGUUCUUCAUCGAGCGGCUUGCUUCAGCUAGCUCAUAUUGUCUCUACCUUUGGUUAA